CGUGUCUGGAUAGGUGAGCGCGCGCAGCUGGCCUGUCGCUCUCGUGCCUGACAGAUGGAGCUGGUUUGAGUCGGAGGCAGUGCUGGAAGCAUUUGGGGGAAAAAAUCAGAAGGAAUUCAUGUUUUCGUCUGCAAUGAGAGGCGAUCAGUCUGAAAAUGGAGAAAACUCAACCAACUCGCAGAGUGAAAUGCUGAUCAGCCAGCUGAGGGAGAUCACUGGCAUCCAGGACCAACAGAUCCUCUACAGAGCCCUGAAUGUCAGUCAGGGGGACAUUGGACAUGCUGUUGGACUGCUGACAACCCAGACUGCAGAGGUUCAGGACCCUGGAGAACCACAGGAGUCAGGGACAUCUGGAGAGGCUUGGGAGGGCCAGAAAGGGCUUCCUAAAGAUGAACUGCAGACCGCCAUAGAACUCAGCCUGCAGGAGUCCCACAAAGCCCAGGAAGAGGAGCGAGAAUUUCAUAGGGCUCUGGAAGCCAGUGCAGAGGAGAAUGCUGCGAGAAUAAAGAGGAAGAGAUGUGAAGCCCAGAGUGAAAUGUGUAGCCCUGCAGAGUGGAUCCGUCAGGAAGACUGGCCUGUGGGCAUUCGUAAUGUAGGAAACACCUGCUGGUUCAGUGCUGUCAUCCAGUCACUCUUCCACCUGCCUGUGUUCAGGAGGCUGGUUCUCAACUACCAUCUGUCUGAGAAAAUACUGGAGAAGUGUAAAAGCCAUUCAGACAAGAGGAACAUAGCCUUCAUGCAGGAGCUGCGCUGCCUGUUUGCCCUCAUGGUGGGCUCUACCCGCAGGUUUGUGGAUCCUUCUGCUGCAGUGGAGUUAUUGCGUGACGCCUUCAGGACCAAUGAGGCCCAACAGGAUGUCAGUGAGUUUUCCCACAAACUGCUUGACUGGCUCGAAGAUGCAUUUCAGCUGGCUGCCAGUGGAAAAAAUGCAGAAGAUAAACAACAUAACCCCAUGGUCCAGCUCUUCUAUGGUACCUUUGUGACAGAAAGAAGACACGAGGGUAAGAUGGUAUAUAAUAUUGAGCAGUUUGGCCAGUACCCCCUGCAAGUCAAUGGCUUCAACAAUCUUGAUGAAUGCUUAGAAGGUGCUAUGGUAGAGAAGGAGAUUGAGUCGGUUCAUUCAGAGCAUCAUGUCACAUCUGGACGUGAGAGAUGGUUUAAAAAGCUACCACCAGUCUUGACAUUUGAACUUUCGAGAUUUGAAUUCAACACCCAGCUCGGGCGCCCUGAGAAGAUACAUAAGAAACUGGAGUUUCCUCAAAUCAUUUAUAUGGACAGAUAUCUUCACAAAAACAUUGAGCAGACCCAUGAGAGGAGAGGAGAAGUAAAGAAACUAAAGGAGCAACUGGCAGUCCUUCAACAGAAACUUGAGUGUUAUAAAAACUAUGGCUCUGGACCUACAAAGUACCCUCUAGCUGACAUGCUCCAGUUUGUGCUGGAGUUUGCUACCACCAAGCCGACUAGCGUUUCCCCAGCUGAAGACUCGAGACAGGCCGCAUCGUCACCGACUCCUCCAAGUGCCCCCCUCAGUGAAGCCAUUGCCAAAGAAAGCAGUGAUCCCGGAGAAUCAGUUUCAUCAGAGAGCCUGGGUUCCAGUGUUUCCAGUUGCCAGAGGACCCCCAUAUACAAGCCCUUCACUCAGUGCAGACAACCUAUUGACUGCCCACCACACCCAGCCCCCCACAGCAUCACAGAAGAAGAGCUGCACUUUGCUAAAACCUGUCUUCAGCGUUGGAGGACUGAAGUUGAGAAUGACAUAAAUGAACUAAAGGCCAGCAUUGACAGGCUCACUCAGACGCUCGAGGGCAUGUACUCAGACAACAGUCUCUGCCAGGCCCCCUACAGACUCCAUGCAGUGCUUGUCCAUGAAGGCCAGGCAUCAGCUGGUCAUUACUGGGCUUACAUCUAUGACCAUGCUAACCAGCGCUGGCUGAAGUACAAUGACAUAAGUGUCACUGAGUCAUCGUGGGAUGAGCUGGAGCGAGACUCCUUUGGAGGCAUGACCAACGCAAGUGCCUACUGCCUAAUGUACAUUGAUGACAGGCUACCUCAGCUCAUCACAGAAGACACAGAUGAUGAGACGGGCCAGGUGCUCCAUGGCAUGGACUCUCUGCCACCCAUCCUCAGGCGCUAUGUCCACGAAGAUAACCGCUGGUUCCAGCAGGAGCUCAGCGAAUGGGAGGAGCAGUUCUGCCAGACGGCAACCCCGCAGGAAGAGUCCACCGCCUCUGCAGAGCCCACAAGUCCCAGUCUGGAUAACAUACAGCAGUCACCUGUUGAGCCAGCACCACAGUCAGGAUCUUCUACUGAAGAGGUGGAUGAAGGAGUUGCUCCAGAGCCACAGCCAGACCAAGAAGCAGAGAAAGAGCCAGAACCUGAUCUCAGAAAAGAGCCAGAAGCGCAAACAGAUUUAUCUCCCCCACCACCAGAGGGCCCUGGCUGCCAGCCAGGUGAUACCAGCACCCCAACAGUCACUGACACCACGGGGGUCAGCCAGAGCUCUGAUUCAAAUGAGAAGGAGCUGCAGAAUCAGAUCCCUGGCCCUGAUGUAGAGCUUUGCGAUCAGACACCAUCUGACAUCCACGUAGAGAAGGACGACCCGGAGGUGGCCGGCCUCGUCUCUGAAGCUGAAGAAGAGCCCCAGGCUUCUGGAGAGGCUCCUGAACCUAUCGCAGAGCAAAGCAAUGAGGAGCAGCAGCAGCAGGAGGUUCCAGCCAGACCACGACAGACUGAGAAUGAGGUCUCAGAAGUGGAGAUCCCCAAUGUGGGCCGGAUCAUGGUGAGGGCGGAUGCUGACGGAUACAAUGAAGAGAUGAUGCUAACUCCAGCUAUGCAGGGUGUCAUUCUAGCCAUAGCCAAGGCCAGACAAAUUUUUGAUAAGGAGGGUCCUGAGGCUGGCCUCAUCAAGGCUUUCCAUGAAGAGUAUUCGCGCUUGUAUGAGCUCUCCGAAGAGGAGACCACACCACAGGAGGAUGCACGUCUGCAGCACGCUCUGGUCUACUUCUUCCAGAACAAGGCACCCAAGCGUGUCAUUGAGAGGACGCUGCUUGAGCAGUUUACUGACCGCAACCUCAGUUUUGAUGAGAGAGCCAUCAGUAUCAUGAGGGAAGCCCGGGCCAAACUUCGUCUCAUUAAGCCAGAAGACAUGGACAUGGAAGAAUACACGCAGUGGCAUGACGAUUACAGGCUGUUCAGGACGGUCUUUGUCUAUCUGUUGACUGGGCUGGAGCAUUACCAGCACGGGAAGAUGCAGGAGGCACUGAAUUACUUGGCCCACGCCUACGAGACCAACAGCACCCUGCUGCGAAACGGAGAGAAACGUGGUGUGGACAAGUCUCUCAUUGCUGUUUACAGGAGGAAGUGUCUCACUGCACUGAAUGAGAGCGCAUCGCAGCUAUUUUGUAGCGGUGAGGAGGCCAAAGUAGAAGAGGGUAUUGCCAUCAUGGAUGAAGCCGUCAUCCCCUGCCUUCACCUGAUGAACCGGGACUCGACUUUACCCCAGGAAGACCGAGAUGCAAUGGAGGCCAUCCGCAGCCACUGGUGCUGCUGCCUGGGCCAAGAUAUGGAUCACUCAUUGCAGGUGAAGCUCGGCGAGUUGCUUCCCAGAGUUCUGGACGGUUCAGCCGACACAGUAGUGCUUAAAGACCCACCCAAAGUCCACGUCACCCAGGCCUACGACCUGUGCAGUCGUCUGGCUGCUGUUAUGGAAUCCAUCCACAACACGUCAGUGGUCAUUGUGAAGUGAAAUCCCAACAACUCUUUUUAAACUGUGUAUCUUAACUGAAAGUGUCCCGGCUGAUGGUUUCUUGUCCACUGACAGACUGUAGGGCUGAGACAUCAUGUAGUUUUAGCACAGAUUGUUUAUUUUAGUAUAUCUGCUGUUUUGCAUUGCACACUUGCCUUGUUCACAUAGCAAACCCUGUGGGUAAAUGAUGGACCAUGCAGGGCUGUCACCACACGAAUACAUAAUUAUUACAAGAACACAUAUCGUGACAUUUUACCCCAAAAGCCUCAAAAAGAAGUCAAUGUUCUUCUCAAGAAUAUUAAGGUAUGCACUUUGACUGCUCACCAUACGCAAACAGCUAUAAUGUGUAAAAGAGGUACAAACUGUACUUAAAAUUUUAAGGACUACAUCACAAGUUUAUGCAAAAAGAAGCCCAAAAGGUUGCAGUAUUGCUAUGUUUUGCCUGGUAUAAGAUGGAGAACCAGCAACUCUAAAGCGGGGAUUAGGUAACACCUAAAUGUUUGAAACUUGUCUGAAGCUGUCUUUAUGUUACCCGCUACAAAGAGACCGAUAAAGAUUUAAGUAGCUCUGACCAUCUCAAUUUACAAAACCAGCUCGCUGGAGAACAGUGAGGCAUUGAAAUUCUGAUUGGUGCAAAUGUUCAUAUAUGGAAAUGUUUAGCUGGGCUACCCCGUUAACUUGAAAAAGUGUUAACAGUUGUCGCUCAGCUCUGCAGUAAGUGACUGGAUUGAUAUUUGGAUUGUGAAUAUACGAUGGGGCCUUUUUACAAGACUAAAAAAACCCACAAAAUUUAUACUGCACAGAAAAUAAUAGUGUUUAAUAGAUUUUUUAAAAAUAUAUGUUUUAUAUUACUUUAUUAUCUUUGAAGGUCUAUCUGUAAACGCUGUAAGCCUUUUGAAAGGAGACUUGAUAUUGGAAAUCCCGUUUUGUGUCGCAGAUGCAACACGUUAUCGUGAAUGAAUGAGGAUUUCUAGAUGAGCUACUGUAACAGCCAUUUUUGCCCACUGAUUUCAGUCUUUCACUUGUGCUCUGUGAUGAUACAAAUAAAUGUUUUAAAUACUC